AUCAGUGUCCACUCUGUUUUUUCCUUUUUCCUUCUCCUGUACCAAAACAAAUGUCCUCUCAUCAAAACAUUUCAGAAAUGGCAACAAAUUUGUUUCAUACCAAAUCCCACCAGCAUCCACUUGAGCUCAAAAGCUACAUAAAGCCAUACAUUUGCGAUGGUUGCAAGGUGCAAGGCUUUGGUUCUCGGUACCGAUGCGAACAAUGCGAUUUCGAUCUCCAUGAACACUGUUUGGAAGUUACCCCAUCAACAACCCACAAGUUCUUCCCCAAUUCCACCUUUGAUUUCUUCACAAUUCCACCAAAAGCUUCCCACAAACAUUGCAAACGACAAUGUGGCGCUUGUCGAAAGUCGGUCAAUGGCUUUGUGUACCAUUGCAAGGAGCAUGACUUGGAUCUCCACCCUGGCUGUAGAAAUCUCAAGAGAAGAUACAAAAUGAAAGGAGGAGAAUUGGUGUUCAAUCUCCACAAGAAUGUGAAACAAAAGUGCUUGUGGUGCAAUGAAAAGAGCAUCAAAGAAGGGGACCGUAGCAAUGGAUGGUCUUAUAUCUCCAAAUGCAAGAAGUACCAUGUUCAUGUUGCAUGUGUCACUGAAAUACUCUUGGAAGAAUGGAACAACAACAGCCACACUAUCAACAAGAUCGUCAACUACAAUGUUAAGGAAGACGACCUCAAAGCUCUGGCUCUAUACAAGGUGAAUCUUAAAGAAGUUCAAACUACAAGGAAUUGGAAUGGUAAAAGUUGGAACAUGUGUUGGAGAAUCCUCAAAGUUUUAAUUCAAACCACUGUUGGUAGUAUUGUUAUUCGAGAUCCCAAAUUGGUUCUUGCCACUUUGCUUCUUGAAUUGCUUUCAUGAGCUUUGUUUGUUUCUAUAUAUGCUUUCUAAAGAUUAGCCAAUUCUUUUAUUUUUCUUUCAUAUUUCCUUACCUGUAAUAAUAUUUUUUGUGUAUAUCUCUACACUUGUAGUCCUCAUUGUAAAUAUCACAAAUGUUUCAAUGAAACACAAAGGACGAUUUGGCAAA